AUGGCAACGAGAUCGAACUUCAAGCGGGCGGUGCCCCAGGGGCAGCCGUCUUUCCUGGCGUCUCUACGGAACACCGAGAUUGUGGCAGAGUCGAAGGCAAUCCUGCCUGCUGAACUGAUCAACACAAUCCUCGACUACCUGCCCGUCGCCGACAUGUUCAGAUUCGCCCGCACAUCGAAGCGCAUGCAAGAGAUGGUCUACGACGACACACGCUGGAUACAACGACUCAAGAGCAUGGGAUGCUGGAACGACGUCGAGGCAAAGAAGCGCUUCGAAGAGGCCAUGCGCAGGAAACUCGAGGCGCAGAAAGCGGAAGAGGCACGGAGGGCUGGCGUUGCCUUGAAUGGUGCAAAUGGACUUCCACCUGGAGCAGAUGGGCACCCGAGAGUCAGCACGACGCUCUUUGACGCGGCGUUGGAAGAGGACAUGCAGCGGAGUUCUCAAGACCACCAAACCCGACCACGAGCCACGACGUUGGAUAGAGGGUUCAGUGACAUGUCAUUGGCACCGGCUGGGGCUCCCGCUGCGCACGCAAUACCCAUGAUAGACCCGCAGGCUGCGUUGAAAGUACUGUCGCGAGUACGCUCGAUCAGAGGCGCGGCCAGGCAAGAGUAUGGGAAGGUAUACGGCGCAUUGGCACCGUAUUACUUCGACCUGUCGAGAUCCACAAGCCAUACCGACCCCAUCUUAUUUCGCACGUACCGCGACCCCGAACAGCAAGCGCACAUGCUCGCCCAGCUCAAGACGUUUGCGAAGAGUGAUUACGCGCAGGGCUGGUACCAGCGCGAAGAAAAGCUGGAUACCAUGAUUGGGAUUUUUGAAAACGCAGUGCUGCGAGAGUUUGAGCAGGGGUAUGCGGAAAAGGACUUCGAGGGUCGCAUGAAGCGUUUUGCGAAUGUUUUGGUUGCGCUGAAUGGCGGCGCGGCGUGUUUGGAUUCGUUCAUUCACAAUCACCCGUUGAUGCUGGAGAAGGAGAAACUGGGGAAUCCGACGGAUUGCUUGCAGCAUUUCGGGGCUAAUCAGUUGAGCUUGCAGCCUUCGCAUGAUUUCUUUCAUGGGCUGGCGGUUGCGCUGAAUGAGGAGCCGUUUCUGGACAGGGUGGCGGAGGAUAUCAUUUCGGAGUAUCUCACGACUCUGCUGGAUGAGGCGCACGAUAUCAGUAUUGAGGUUUACCUGAAAGCUAUCGCGGGUGUUUUCGACCAAGCACUGCAACUCGCCAUUUCGUUGAAGUCCACGCGCGCUUCUCCACCGACCUUCCAGGAAGAUACAGUCAAGACAAUAUCCCGGUGUUUCGAGCAACACAUCGACCUCUACCUACAAGAAGAGCUUGCGUUCUUCACACGGAAGUCUGCAGCUGAGGUUGAUAUUUGGGAGAAGCGGCUAGCAGAUGAAGAGCAGACCACCGAGACAUUCUACAUGGCCAACGUCAACCGGAAAGCUGUGAAGCAAGAUUUCUUGGCUUCGUUCAAGAAGGUGGUCAUGAUGCCGGUCAACGUGCUUCCUACUAUCGGAGGUUCCACGACUAAGCCUGCCCCGAGCCCGUCCAUGGCAAAUGGCAGCGCUAGCCUUGAGCCUACUUCGCGGUCAGGGACGCCGGUUCCUGGUGACCGAGCUCCGUCGCCUCGAGUGGAGGCACCGACGACAGAGCUUGCGGCGAAGGCAGCCAUUAUGAACUCUCGCUUAGAGGGCAUUCGAUCGCUUUUCAGCAUUGAAGUCGCCUUGAACCUCACUCACAUGGCGAAGUCCAGCUUGGAGAGAGCUGCGCGCUUUGUCAGGCUCGGCGGGCAGUCUGGCGAAGAAGCAAAGGAACAGAGCGAGCAGAUCUUCAUCAAUCUGGUGCAGAUCCUCGGCAAUCGGCAUAUGAAGCUCGGAUUCGACAAGGCCGUCAGUCAUCUAGCGGACUACAAACCUCGAGAAGUCGCGGAUCACAGCAAAGAGGGUGUUGCGCCGCUUGUUGCUUUCUUGGAACUGGUGAAUGUCGGCGAUCUGAUCCAGCAGAUGGUGGAAGUUUUCUACUAUCAAGAGCUCGUUGCUGGCAAUCUUACCGACCGCGAUGACUUUCUCAGUCUGGCAUCGAAAGAGAAGAAGCGCUUCGAAUCCAUGCUUGACGAGCGCGUCGCAGCGGGCCUCAACAAGGGUAUUGAUGUGCUGAUGGACGAGGUGGAGUACCUGUGCGGCACCAUUCAACAGCCGUCCGACUUCAACCCGCCCGUCGGACCCAAAGGCGUGGUAGAGAUGUUUGACAUUGGGCCUAGCGAGGCGGCUACGCGAAUAGUGGAUAUUGUGUCGUCGCACACAAACAUGCUGGUGGGUAGCACGGACAAGAACGUGCUGGAUGUGUUCAAUCAGGAGGUGGGAGUGCGCUUGUUCGCGGCGCUCUGCAAGCACUUGAAGCGGCAGAGAAUCAGCGUGGACGGCGCAAUCAAGCUCAUCAGUGACAUGAACGCAUACUACUCGUACAUUGUCUCGCUGCGCAACAAGUCGCUAAUGCAGUACUUUGCUGCACUGCGCGAGCUGUCGCAAAUCUACCUCAUCGACCCGAAAGAGGCGAAGGAGAUUGCUACCAUCAUCGCCGACACGGACAGGUACAAGGGCAUAUUCAGGGCCGAAGAGGUGUACGAAUAUGCGGAGCGAAGAGCGGACUGGUACCAGAUCAAGGGCGCGGUCGAAAAACAAAUGUACGGCGUUGGCUGCAUGGUCAUGUAG